CCAAGGCAGCCAUGAAUCUGUUCAGGAAAGAUGCCAUGACCACGAAGAAGGAGAAGGAAAAAGAGAUCCAGUAUGAGGACCCUCCAGAUGGAGGUUGGGGCUGGAUGGUGGUGCUGCAUUGUUUCCUGGUAAAUGUCCUUGUGAUGGGAACACUGAAGAGCUUUGGGAUCUUCUUCGUGGCAUUUCAAGAUGAGUUCGGAGGCUCGGCAGAGAGUAUCAGCUGGAUCGGUUCCAUCAUGUCGAGUCUGCGUCUGUCUGGAGCACCCAUUGCCUCGGUGGCCUGUGCCAAGCUGGGUACCAGGGUGACCUCCAUCGCUGGGGCAGUGCUGGUCAGUGGAGGCUUCCUCAUGAGCAUUUUCGCUAACAGUGUAGUGUUCCUCUACAUCAGCAUGGGAGUGAUAGUCGGAAUGGGUUUUGCACUACUAUACCAGUCAUUCUCAGUGGUCACAGCCUUGUACUUCCGAAAGAGGCUGGCGACAGCGUAUGCAAUCGGGCGUUCUGGGAUGGGUUUGACCUUUGCCCUCGCUCCCUUCACUCAGCUGCUCCUGGACCAGUAUGCUUGGCAAGGGGCAAUGCUGAUUCUUGGUGGCUUCAUGCUGAAUCUGGUGGCCACGGGGAUGCUUCUGCGACCCAUCAAUGUGAAGCCUCCUGACCCUACCUCUUGUCCCAUCCAAAAGAGCCCUGCAGUUUCCCUGAAGAGCUCCUCAGAGAAGGAAUACACCAAGAGCUGCUUGAAUGGCUCCUCUCACCUAUCCAAUGGCAUCUCCAAAUCAGACUCAUGCUCUUCCCCUCCCCUUCCUCCCGCCCUUCAUGGGGACACUGAGAACCUGGGAGGCCAAGGUACUCAGGGACUCCAGGACCAGUCAGUGAACCCUGAACUGACUAGGCUGGUCCUGAAUGGUGUGAAUGGCCAUGAACCCCACCAUGACGUGGGUCAGUGUAAACCCACAACUCCAGACAGCUCCGCGGAGCUCAAUGGCAGCAUGAAUGGGUCCACCAUUGUUGGAUUUCCCUCACAUGCCAGCACUCCGAGUGAGGUGCCCGGCAGAAAAGCCAAAGUACUGGAUUUCUCCCUUCUAAAGGACCCAUUCUUUUGCAUCUACACUUGGUCCUUGGUCUUCAGCCAGCUGGCCUACUUCAUCCCCUAUUUCCACCUGUCUGCCCGUGCCAGAACCCUGGGCAUCGAUGCCAUGGAUGCUUCCUUUAUCAUCUCUGUGGCAGGUAUCACAGAGACCAUCGCCCAGCUGGCCUCGGGCUGGGUGACAGACAGGAACCUGUUCCAUAAAUACCACUACCACAAGGCCUACCUGAUCCUGUGCGGCCUCGUCAACCUGCUCUCCCCACUGGCAACCUCCUACAUCCUGCUGAUGGUUUACGCUAUCUUCUUUGCCAUCUUCUGUGGUGGAUACAUGGCUCUGCUGCUGCCUGUUCUAGUAGACCUCGUGGGGUCGGAGAAACUCAACAACUCCAUGGGCUUCUCCAUGUUCUUUGUCGGCCUGGGCUGCCUCACAGGGCCUCCUUUGGCAGGGUUCCUGUACGACUACACUCAGACUUACGACUGUUCUUUCUACCUGGCUGGGCUCUGCUAUCUGCUCUCCUCGCUCUCCCUGUUCAUGGAGCCGCUGGCUCAGCGCUGGAAGGCCAGGAACAAACUGACCCGGGACAAAAGAGCAGAAAGCAGCUGUAAGACCAACGGCUGCUUCGCCCCUGACCGCCUCCAGAACGGCGCUGUGUAG